GCAGCAAACAGAGACGUACAGUAUAGGGCUGUGCGGCAGUCUAACCAGUCCGGGUAACAAAGUGGGUGAAAGGUCCACCAGGUAGCAGUGACAGCAGAUCACAAACGCACAUCCCAGAGCCACAGUCGACCAGAGCGGAAAGUCAAAAUGUCCAAACAGCCGCAGCAGCAGAUCAGCCCGCUGAAGAACUUCUUCGCCGGGGGCUUUGGAGGGGUCUGCCUAGUCUUCGCGGGACAUCCACUCGACACGAUUAAAGUGCGUUUACAAACUCAGCCCAAACCGAAACCGGGAGAGAGCCUUCUUUACUCUGGAACCAUUGAUUGUUGCAAAAAGACCUUAGCCAAAGAGGGUAUGAAAGGUCUCUAUAAAGGCAUGGCUGCCCCCAUCAUUGGAGUCACUCCUAUGUUUGCUGUCUGUUUCUUUGGAUUUGGACUGGGCAAGAAACUUCAACAAAAAACUCCCAAUGAUAUCCUGACGUAUCCACAGCUGUUUGCUGCUGGGAUGUUGUCUGGAGUGUUCACCACAGCCAUUAUGGCUCCUGGAGAGCGAAUCAAAUGCCUCCUACAGACCCAGGCAUCAACAGGACAUGUGAAGUAUGCUGGACCCAUGGACUGUGUCAAACAGCUGUACAGACAGUAUGGGAUCAGAGGCAUCUACAAAGGCACUGCUCUGACUCUCAUGAGAGAUGUUCCAGCCAGUGGGAUGUACUUCACAUCAUAUGAGUGGUUAAAAAACCUCCUCACACCUCCAGGGAAAAGUCACAACGAACUCAGUAUUCCUAGCGUGCUAUUUGCUGGAGGAAUGGCCGGGAUCUUUAACUGGGCGGUUGCAAUUCCACCCGACGUGCUCAAGUCUCGCUUCCAGACAGCUCCGGAGGGGAAAUAUCCAAACGGUGUCCGGGAUGUUCUGCGGGAGCUGGUCAGAGAGGAGGGAGUGGGUUCUCUCUAUAAAGGCUUCAAUGCUGUCAUGCUUCGAGCUUUCCCUGCUAAUGCAGCUUGUUUCCUGGGAUUUGAGCUCGCUAUGAAGUUCCUGAACUGGUUCGCACCAGACCUGUGAUGGAGGCUGCUGAUUGCUUCGUAUGUGAUACCUGGAAAAGGACUGUUUAACACAACGCAGUUAUAAGCAGAACACACACAAACUAAAGAAUCAUACAAUACCAAGAGAUUAUAACAAUUUUUAAAAAAUAUACUUGAUCAUAUUUUGAAGUGUGAGGUAGUGUUUAGUCUGAGGAGUUGUUAAACCUGCUGAAAACUCGGAGCUGAUGACUCUGCACUGGUGCCGGUACACAGACACACACUCUUAAACGAACAGACAGUCGAAUGUUCUCACUCCUCUUUGUUUGACUUCUUUCCUGAUUUUUUUAAUCUGUUAUGUUUGUAUGAUAUAAAAAGGAGUGCAUUGAACAUGUUGUGCCUUACCUUUGUUAUCUGCGAGCAGGUACACAUAUCAGGAAAGAGGUGCAUUUUUUUGUACUGUGUGUUAAGUCUGUCAGCAAUACACACCUUUCAGACAGUCUGUCAGGUCACAUUCCAUCCUGUGGCCAGCAACAAUAAGUACGCCUUCUGUUUGUUUAAAUGUGAAAUUAUGAGAGUAGUCACUAUGAGAUUGAAUGAACGAUUUGUGAAUAUCAGCAUGUAUAGAAAUAAAAAGGAGAAUCCAUAUUUACUAAA